GGGGCCACUCUAGUCUCUAUCACCCACGCAAAUGUAGAAGGCAAUACCAAAAAGGAGCUUCACUCUCCUAAAACUCCAUGGCUUCUGCUUCCAUAUGCGACCGACUGCCCGUUGACUCUACAAUUUCUCGCUGGACAUACGAUGUUUUCUUGAAUUUUAGAGGUGAGGACACGCGGAGAGGCUUUACAGAUCAUCUUUAUGCUGCAUUGGACAGGUUUAGCGUCUACACAUUCAAGGACGAUGAAGAGCUUCGUAAAGGGGACUACUUCCCCAUUCAGCUCUUGGAGGCGAUUGAGGGGUCUAAGAUUUCAAUCGUCAUAAUCUCCAAAACUUAUGCCUCCUCCAGUUGGUGUCUGGAGGAGCUGGUGAAGAUCUUGGAAUGUAAGGAGAUGUUAAACCAGGUGGUUCUUCCCAUAUUCUACCAUGUUGAUCCUUCCCAGGUACGCAAACAAACUGGCGGUUUUGGUGAUGCGUUCACUCAACAUGGAGAACGAUUUGGGGCAGAUAGAAUUUGUGCGUGGAAAGCUGCACUCACUAAGAUUGCAGGGUUUAUAGGAUGGCAUUUGAAAGAAGUCGGAGACAGGUCUGAAUCAGAGUAUAUCAAUGAAAUUGUGGAGGUGGUCCAGCAGGAAGUGAACCAUACAUACUUGAAUGUUGCUAAACACCCUGUUGGAAUUGAUGAUCGUGUGAGUAAAAUUCAUGCUUUAUUACAGAGUGGAGCAAAGGAUGAAGUUCGUAUCAUUGGGAUUUAUGGCAUGGGUGGUGUAGGGAAAACAACCCUUGCAAAAGCCAUAUUUAACAAAAUUUAUAGAAUGUUCCAAGGUAGUAGCUUUCUUGCUGAUGUUAGAUCAAAAGGUUUAGACCGCUUACAAGAGAAGCUUCUUUGUGAAACUCUCAAGACAAAGAAAUUUGAAGUUGACAAUGUUCACCGAGGAACUAGUUUGGUCAAAAAAAGACUUGGAUUAAAAAAGGUUCUCAUUGUUGUUGAUGAUGUAAACCAUAUAAGUCAAUUAGAAGCAUUAGUUGGAGAGCGAAAUUGGUUUGGUCCAGGCAGCGUAAUUAUAAUUACGACCAGAGAUGUUCACUUGCUAAAUUGCCUUGGAAUGGAUGAAAAGUACGAAGUUGAAAGGUUAAGUUCCUGCGAAUCUUUGCAAGUCUUUAGUUUGCAUGCCUUUAGGAAUCCAGUCCCGUUGGAGGCUUAUGCAAAACUAUCAAAUAUGAUAGUAAGUUAUGCUGGGGGACUUCCUUUGGCACUUACAGUUUUAGGUUCACAUUUUUGCGGGAGAAAGUCAAUUCAAGAAUGGCAAGAUGACUUUGAGAAAUUAAGAAGGAUUCCUCAUGAAGAUAUUUUGAAGAUUCUCAAAAUUAGUUAUGAUGCACUUGACGAUGAUAGUCAAAGGAUCUUUCUUGAUAUUGCUUGCUUUUUUACGGAUGGAUAUUUCGAUUCAGAAGAGAUUGUUAGGAUAUUGAAUGGUUGUGGUUUCUUUGCUCAAAGUGGAGUUAGAACUUUAAUUGAUAGAUGCUUGUUAAAAGAAGAUCUUUGUAUGCAUGAUUUAAUUCGAGAUAUGGGAAGAGAAAUUGUUCGCCAGGAAUCUGUUAUGCAACCUGAGAAAAGAAGUAGAUUAUUUUUACAUGAUGAAGUUUUGGAUGUGCUUGUGAACAACAAGGUAAAACGCUCAUUUGUACUUGAUUUGCUUUAUAUGCCAUUACUGCGACGAAGAAGCGCGCCAUGACAACCAAAACUGCCC